AUGAGUGAGAAAAAUGAAAAAAAGUUUGAGAAAAUUCUUGAGAGCAUUAAAUACCAUGUUAAUGAGAAUAUCCUUCUAGAAAAUUUGAAUUCUCUUGAAAAAAAUAUAAAUAAAGAAGACAAGAAUAUAAUAAUAAAAGUGAUUGAUAUAUUCUUGGAUGUUAAUAAUUAUUGCUAUGAUGGUAAUUUUUUAUAUGAUUACAAUAAAUUAAAUAAAAGAAAAGAUAUAACAAUAAAUGAGAAAAAGAAAAAAUCUGAUUUUUGUGAUCAAUUUAAAGUGUAUAUAAGAAAUAAAAAUGUAGAAAAUAUAAAUGAAGAGGAUAGUUAUUAUAUCAUGUUAGAGAAAAAAAAUUUAUGUAGUCAUAAUAAAAGUCGUGUCAAUUGUAAAAGGAUAUUAUUGGAAUACAUAUGUAAACAUGUGUUGAAUAAAUCUAUACAUAUAAAUUUUUUGGUAGAUAAAAUAUAUGCUGAUUUUAUGAUGAAACAAAAUAAGGACAACAAUCAAAAAGAUAAAAUAAAUAAUAUGGACCAUAGUAACAAUAAUAUUAAUACUAAUAAUAAUAAUAAUAAUAGUAGUAGUAGUAAUAUUUAUAGGGGAGGUAACCCUUCUAAUUGUGAUAUUUAUAAAAAACAUAUUAUUUGUAAUGAAGAUCUCAUAAAUAUAUUAAUCGAUACAAUUUUCAAAUUAUUUUAUGAUACUAUAUAUAAUAAUGAUGAUAUAUACAUGAAUAAUAAUAAUAAUAAUGAUAAUAAUAAUUUAUCUAGUUCUCAAAAUAAUAUACAUAAAAGUUAUCUCUUAUAUUCAAAAGAUAAAAAUAGUGUUAGUGAACAUAAAAAUAAAAACAGUAACCAUGAUUCUAAAUAUGAACAUGUGUUUUUUUUGAAUCUAUUGAAAAAAAUUAUAAUUAUGAAUAAAUGUUUUGUGAAAAACAUUUUUUCAAUUUUUUUAAAAAAUAUGGAGAAUAUAAAAUUGAAAAAUAUAAAACAAAAAAAGGCAAUAACAAAAGAGACAUUAUUAAUAUUUAAAGAAAUUAUUAUUUAUGUUAAUGAGUAUGAAAUAAGUACUAUAUAUAAUAUAUUUCUAAACAAUAUAGCUGUUCGUAAAAAUAAAUAUUUUUAUAAUUAUAUUAUUAUACUUUCACUUAUAAAUCUUAAACAUAUAUACAACAUAUAUAAUUUGGAAGUAUGUAUAGAUUUUUUAUUAAACAGCAUUUUUAUAUAUAAUGAUAAGAUGGUAAAUAAUAUAGGGAUGAAUCAAAAUGGCAUAGACGAUGAAAAAAAGGUUAUAUAUAUAUCAGAAGAGGAAGAUGAUAAUAAUAAUAAUGAUAUUAGUAAUGAUGAUUGUAAUGAUAUUAGUAAUGAUGAUUGUAAUGAUAUUAGUAAUGAUGAUUGUAAUGAUAUUAGUAAUGAUGAUUGUAAUGAUAUUAGUAAUGAUGAUUGUAAUGAUGAUAGCAAUCAUAUUAGUAAUGAUGUUUGUUGUUCAUUUAAUAAUGUUCAUCAUAAUAGUGAUGAUCAUAAAAACAUGUUCAAUAAUAAGAACAACCCUUUGACUUACCAACAAAAAAUACAAACCAAAUAUCAUACUUUUCGUUUUAAUGAUUACAGUGAUGAAGAUGAUAAUAAUAAAAAAAAUAUAAUUUUAUUUUUAUUUGUUAUUUCUUUAAAAAUAUAUGAUAUAAGUCAUGUUAACGGAUAUAUAGACAAACUUCUUAAAACAUUUUUAUUUUUAUUGAAUAAAUAUAAAUUAUCAUUUAUGAUUAAUGUACAUCAUAUUUUAAAGACAAUGAUUUUUUUAUUUGUAUUAAUGUUUUACAAUAUACAUGUUGAUAAUAAUAAUACUAUCGUUUAUAUUUUAAAAUGUUUAGAUUUAUUAUUAGAGAUUUAUUAUAACAGGAAUGGGUUUGAUUUAAAAAGUGGAACAAAUGAAAUUCAUGUGUGCAAAAAAAGUACCUUGCUUGUUCAGGUAAAAAAAAAUAACAAAAUGGGUGAGAAUAAAAAUGAUGAAACAUUUGUUAAUAAUAAUGAUAAUAGUGAUGAUAAUAAUAAUAGUGAUGAUAAUAAUAAUAGUGAUGAUAAUAAUAAUAGUGAUGAUAAUAUAAAAGAAUUAUAUUCAAACAAUGUUGAACAUUUUAAUAUAUUUGAAUUUAAUGUAUCACCAGUUUUAUUAUUUUUAAUUUUGCUGAUAAAUUUACAAUAUAAUAGUGUUCAAAAAGAGGAGGAAUGUUUAAGAAAGGAUACGACAAAUUUCAAGAUUAUUAAGCUAGCCAAACGAUUGAAAUAUAAAUGGGUGACAUUCUUUAAGAAUUAUAAUAACAACUUGUUGAAUUUUUUGAGAAAAAAGGAAAGAUCGAUCAACAGUUGUAAUAUAAAUAAAAUGAUGAAUAAUAAUAAUAAUAAUAUGAACGAAAAAAAGGAUGAUUAUUAUAAUAUCUUUUGUCAUUCGUAUGAUGAAGUAAGUGUUAAUGAGAAGCUAAACAUAUUUGAAAAUAUUACUAACGAAAUAAAAUAUAUACUUAUGCAUGUGGAAAAUUUUUGUGAAAAGGAAUUGUUGAAUUUUUUAUGUGUUAAUAAUAUAUUAUUUUAUAUAUACGAAAUAUAUAACAAUGUUGAUAUAAUAUAUUUGCUUCGUUUUUUUUCUUUAUGUGAUUAUUAUAAAUAUAAAUUUGAUUAUAUUAAUAUAAAGAAGGUUUUAUAUCAUAUGAAUAUGUUAUUAAAUAUACAUACCUAUCCAUGUAUUAAUACAUUUGAAAAUAUGAAAAAUGAAUAUAUAUCAAGAUGUAAUUUUAUAUAUAUUAAUGUGUUAUUAUUAUCAUUAUUUGAGUGUAAUUUAUUUUUUGUUUUUAAAUUUGUUUGUUAUUAUUGCUUAAUAAAUUCUUCUGCCUUAUUGGAGUUUUUACCAUGCUUAUUAUAUGUAUAUAAUAUAUCAUAUGAGCAUUAUUUUAUUGAUAGUAAAUAUUUGAAGCUAAAAAAAAAUAGCGAAAAAUACAGCACAACAUGUAGUAAAAAUUAUGAGCAGGGAGUUGAGAAGAUGGAUUAUUAUUAUCAUGUCCUUAGAAGUUUAAUACUAGAUAUGAUAUCAAAAAUUGGUUGUAGUAAUAAUAAUGUUCCUAUUAUAUAUAAUUGUUUUUGUUUUUUGUUGAAUGAUAAGGAGGAUAAAAGGAGUGAAAAAAAUGUAAUACAUGGGAGUGAUGAUAAUUAUAAUAGUGGUGGUCAUAAUAAUGAUGAUAAUUAUAAUAGUGGUGGUCAUAAUAAUGAUAAUUAUAAUAGUGGUGAUCAUAAUAAUGAUGAUAAUUAUAAUAGUGGUGGUCUUAAUAAUAAUGAUAAUUAUAAUAGUGGUGGUUUUAAUAAUGAUGUGAACCUACGACCCUAUAACAAAUUAUAUUUAUUAUAUUGCUUUGAUAAAUUAUUAGAUUAUAAUGAUAAUAUUAUGAGCAAAUAUUUCAAGUACCUAGAAAAUAGUGUGAAUGAAAUUCUUGAAAAAGAGAAUAAUGAAAAUAAGAAAAAAAGUGUGAAAGAAAAAAAAAAAAAGAAAGAAAGAAAUGAUAUAUGUCUAGAUGUUAAAGAAGAUAAGAUAGAUGAUUAUAUAUAUGAAGAUAUGAACAUAUUAUGUGAUUUAAAAAAUGUUUUAAUAUUAUUAAAAAUAAGUCGAUUUUAUAAUGUGGGAAUAUAUAUCAAUAUCAUAGUUAAGUUAAUAAAUUUAUAUUUUAAUAAAUAUAAAAAGCAAAUUUUAUAUAAUACAUAUUAUAAUAAAAUACAAAAUAGUAUUAUAAAAAUAUGUAUAUAUAUAUUAUUAAUAUUGUCUUUAAAAAAAUAUGUAGAAUUUGAAAUAAUAUAUAAUUUAUUAAAGAAAAAUUUUUUAAAAACAUAUGACAAUGAUUUUUUCAUAUUUAAUUUAGAUAUUAUUCGUUCAAUUAUUAUAUUUAGUAAGUAUUAUAUUAAUAAUUUAGUUUAUAAAGAAGAAAAAUUAUGUAAUGAAGAGUAUGAUAUUUUAUAUCAUACAAGAAUAAAAUAUAUAUUUAAAGAUAUUACAAAAUUAUUAUCAAUAAAUAAUAACUAUAUUAUAGAAGAAGUUGUAAAUGUUGUUUCAUCUAUUUAUUCUAUAUAUAAUGUUUGUAUGACAGGUGUAGAAAAUGAAAAUGCAAAUAAUGAUGAUAAUAUAAAAAAUAUAAUAAUGAAAAAAAGUUUUGAUGAAAAUAUAGAUAUAAAUAAUAAAAAAAAGGAAUAUACAUUAUAUGAUUUAAGUGUAUAUGAAAAAAAGGAUAUCAUUCAAUUAUAUUUUAAUAAAUCAUAUAUAUUUGAAUCAUUUUUAAAAUGUAAUGAUGUAUCAUAUAAUAUAUAUGAAAAUUUACAAAAAAUUAUUUUAAAAAAUGAAAUAGAAAAUAUGUCUUUUUAUAAUUUAAGAAAUAAAAAUGAUAUAAAAAAUAAUUAUUUAAUUAGAGUAUUAUAUAAAUUUUUUAAUACUAAUAUGAAAAAUGAUAAAAAUUGUAAUUUCCAAUUUUUUUUUAAAUUGUUAUUUACAGAUAAAUUUCAUAAUAUUGAAGAAAUAAUUUUGUUAUUUAAAAAUUUGUAUUUUUUUAAUAUUCAUUUGGUAUCUUUAUUUUUUUAUAUCUUGGAUUGUUUUUUUAAAAAGUUAAAAAAAAGAAUGAUAGAUAAUGAGGUAUUCAUAUUGAAUCUAGAAAAUAUAAAUCAUCAAAUGAAUGAACACAUUGAUUGUAAGAAGAACGUUGAUGGUGAUACUAAAAAAAAAAAUGAUAUUAAUGAAGAAAAUAUUUUAUCAAAUAAAUCUCAUGUAAACCAUUUUAUUGAUAAUGAAAAUAAAACAAAUAAUAAAAGCAAAAAUACAAAUACAAAUACAAAUAAAAAUACAAAUACAAAUAAAAAUACCAAUACAAAUACAAAUAAAAAUACCAAUACAUAUAAAAAUAAAAGUGCUAUUAAGAUAUCUUAUGAAAAUGUGUGCAAUAAAAUAUAUGAAGAAAUAAAAAGAAGAUUAAAAGAAGAAAAUUUUAAUAUAUAUGUUUUUUAUCCUUUAUUAAGUAUAUUAUGUAAAUAUAAUAAUGAUAUUAAUAUAACAUUAUCAUUUUUUUAUGAUAUUAUUGAUAAAUAUAUAAAAGAUUGUAAUGAUAAAUUAUCUAUUAAUAAAAAUGAAAUGAUUCUUAUUAUGCUCUGUUUAAAUUAUAUACAUGUAAACAUUUCUUCUAUUCCAAAUUUUUAUUCAUAUUUAAUAAAUAUAUAUCAAAAAAUAGAUGACAGAUGUAUUAAGAACACUCUUUUAUAUUGUUUGUGUUCUUGUCUCUGUUAUUCUGAUAUGUUAGAUCAUGAUAUUAUAAACAUUUUGAAUAUGCAUAUGGAAUAUUUAAUGUGCAUCUAUAAAUCUAUCGAUAUAAAAAAUAAUAAAAUGGAUGUUGAAAAUAUAGAAUCUAAGUAUUAUUAUAUCACUAAAGAGGACGAAAAUUUGAGGGUAGAACAAGAUAAAAUAAAUUGUAAUAAAAAAGAGUAUCAUAAUGAAGACAAUUAUUAUUUUUAUAUAUCCUUGAAUAAUCUUAUUUUUUAUAUAUACAAGCAUUAUAAUAAUAAUAGAUUUGAUGAUAUGUUGAUAAAAAUAUAUGAAAUAAUAAGUGAUGGAUUGAGAAAAGGAGUGAAUGACAUACUUGUUUGUAUAUCAAAUAUGAUGAUAUAUUUGUAUAUAAGAAAUUUAUUGGAUAUAAAUAAUAUAACAGAUGUGAUAGAAGAUAUUAUGAAGAAUAUAAAAAAUAAUAAUAUUUUAUAUGAUUCGAAGUAUAUAAUAUAUGGAUUGUGUUGUAUAUAUGAAUUUUUAGCAUAUUAUUAUAAAAAAAAUUAUGACUCUUUUGUUUAUGAGGAUAUGCACAUAAAUGUUAUAGAUAAUAAUAAUCAUAUCAGUGUGAAAGAUAAAAUAUACCGUUUGAUUACUUCAAUUAAAGGAUUGAUUGUUAGAUAUUUUGAAGAGUCAGAAGAUAAAAAUAUUAGUAUACUUUCCUAUUUGAAUAUAAUAGGUGUAAAAAAGAAUAUAUGCGAAAAUAUAUGUGCAGAUUAUUUUAAUAGAAAUGAAUAUUGUAAUAUGAUAAUAUUGUUUAUAAAUAAAUAUAUAAAAAAAGAUUUUGAAAUAAAGAGAGUAGCAAAUAAAAAUAAUAUUAUAUUAGCUGAUGAAGAUUUAGAAAGUGUGAAUGAAAAGAGUGAUGAUGAUAUAAAAUAUGAUAAUAAAAAUUAUGUGAAUAUAUGUAAUAAUGAUGAAGAGAAAUUAUUUUUAUAUUGUGAUGAUAAUUAUAAAAUAAAUAAUGAUAUUAUAAUGAAUGAUCAUAAUAUUAUUCUGGUGUUUGUUUUUAUUUUUUGUUAUAAAUAUUAUGAAACGUUUAAUGAUAUACAGAUAAAUUUAGAAAAUUUAGAUAAGAAAAAAAUGAUUUAUUUCAUUUUUAGUUAUAUAAUGAAUGUGGAGAAAUAUUUGAAGGGUUUUUUAAAAUCAUGUGGCAUGUUGGAUAUUAAUGGAUAUAUGAUGAGUGAAGCACAAGACAUUGACGAUAUAAAAGAUAGGUUAUUUGUAAGAAAAAAUAAGACAACUGACAAAAAUGAUAAUAAUAAUGAUGAUAAUAAUAAUAAUGAUGAUAAUAAUUUGAAUACCCUUUUUUUCGGUGUGACCUAUUUGAAUUUUUUUAGUGAUGAUUUAUUUACAUAUCUAAAAAAUUUUAUGAAAACGAUGAAACUAAUUAAUUAUAUAGAAUUGGAUGUGAAUAUAAAAAAUAAUAUAAUGAAUAUAUAUUCAUAUAUUAUGAAAUUAAUAAGAUUGUAUUAUAUAAUAUUAGAUGUUAUAUUAAUAGAAAUGAGAGAUGAUACAAAUAAUAUAUUAAAAGAAUAUUAUAAGAUAUAUAAAGAAUAUAUAAAAAACAUUCAAAUAUUAUAUAAUUGUCGAGUUAUUAUAUUUGAAUAUUUUUCACUUUAUUCUAAUAAUAAUAAUAAUUGUUAUAGUAAUAUAUUUUGUAAUUUUAGUUAUUAUUUUGAUAUCUUUAGUACAUAUGAAAAAUAUAUGUAUAUAAAAUGUAUAUGUAAUUUGAAGAAAAUUAAAAAAGAAGAAAUAAAAUUUUUGUUUUUAAAUAUAAUGAAAUCUUUAGGUCCUUUUCAUGAAAAUAAAUCUUUGUGGAUAUAUUCUAUAUCUAUAUUGAAGAUAUUAUUAAAAAGAAUAUAUAAAAUUUCAAAGGUAGGUAAGUCAUCAAACAAAAUAAAAACAACUACUACUAAUAGUUGUAAUAAUAUCAAUGUGAAUCAUAAAAAGGGUGAUGAUUAUAAUAAACAUAUUAGAAUGAAUGAAGGUAAGUGUUCUAGAGGUUCAAUUAAUCAUAUCAAAAAUGAUGAUGAAGAAAAUUUUUAUGAUUUAUAUGAAUAUAUAAAAUAUUCAUUUCUUACCAUAUAUAAUGAAAUAAUUUUAAGUAUAUAUAAAGAAUAUUAUUAUAAUCAUUACACAAAUGAAAAUUUAUCAGAUAAUAAACAGGUGAUCGAAAUAGAUAUACAUAAAGAUAUACAUAUAGAUAAAUAUAACAACCAUUUGAAUAAUAAUAAUAAUAAUAAUAAUAUAAAAGAGAAAAAAGACACAUCAUAUGUUUGUAAUAAAAAUAAAAUACAAUAUAUAGAAUUCCCUUUAAAUGUAUUGAUGUGUAUAGCUGAUUAUUUAUUAUAUCUUUUUAAAAUAAUUAUUUUAGAAAACAUGGAUGAUAAAAUUAAUAUAUAUGAAAUGUUGAAAUAUUUGCCUGUAUUAAUUCAAGGAUAUGUGAUAUUGAAUUUAAAAGAAUCCUUUAAAAAAUUAAAUUUUAUAAGAAAUAAAAUAUUAUUUUAUAUAUCUGAUUACAAGUUCAAUUUUAUAGAAGAUUUAAAAGAUUUUUAUCAUGUUUGUAAAAAAAAAAAUAACAAAUAUCAAGAAGAACCAAAAUUAUUAACAGUAACAUUUGAUCAUAAUAAAAUGAAAGAAUAUAUGAGAAAUAUUUUUAUGAUAAGAGAGUGUAUAUGUUUAUCAUAUAUAUUUAGUUUUUUUAAUGAGAAAUAUAAAAUAUUGGAUAGUUUGUUAUGUGUGUAUAAUAUGAAUGAUAUAAAUAAGGAGUAUUUAUAUAUUUUAAUAACAUCUUUUAUUUUAUUUUCUUUGAGAAGUAUGAACAGUUCUUUUUUAUUGAAGACUGUUCUUUAUGGUGUGGAGGGGAUGAAUGAUAUGAUAAAAUAUAUGAACAAAAUAAAUGAUAAUAAUGAUGAUAAUAAUAAUGAUGGUGAUAAUAAUAAUGAUGAUAAUAAUAAUGAUGAUAAUAAUAAUGAUGAUAAUAAUAAUGAUGAUGAUAAUAAUAAUAAUAUGGUAGAAAAAAAAAAAAAAAAAAAAAGGGAUGAAAAUUAUAUUUUUAUGUUUAACCAGAAAAACAAAUUAUCAUACAAAGAUGUUGAUACAAAUAUAAAUAAAUAUAUUACUCAACAUAUUUAUAAUUAUAAGAAAAUAUUUUUUAUUAUCGAUGAAGAAUUUAUAAGAACAAAAAUGAGAAAUUCAUUUCAGAAAUGUAAAAACAAAUUAUAUAAAGAAUCAAAUUUGUUAGGAGAAAAAUUUUUAAAUAGUACAGAUAAUUUUUUUUUAAAAAAAUUAGGUAUAUAUUUUUUAAUAAAAAGGAAUGAGAAAACAGCUCUUCUAUGUCGAAAAUAUAAUAAAAUAGUUUCAUUGUUUGUUCGAAAUAAUAAUAAAAGAAAUGAUUUAUUUAUAAAAAAUUUUGAUAUAUGUAUAAAUAAUAAAAGUAUAAUGAGAUAUAUAGAUAAUCCUGAUAUAAUAAAUAACUCAUAUUUUAAUAAUAACUUUUUUAAUAAAAAUAAUAUAGAAAAUUAUUCUUUAUCAUUUGAACAUGAGAUAUUUUCUAAAAACCUUAGUGUUCCUUUAUUUUUGAAGGAUAUAUUUACAUUCUUCUCUCUGACUUUAAAUAAAAAUAUCAUAGUUUAUAAUUAUAAGCAGUUAUUUGAAAAACAGUCAAUAAAAAAAAAACACACCAUUCAAAAUAAUAAUAAUAUUAAUAUUAAUAAUAUUAAUAGAGUUGAUAAGAAAUGUAUUGAGGAACAUAACAAAUUUCCUGAGAAUUAUCAAAAUGAAAAUAUAAAUAAUAAAAACAUAAAAAAUGAUAAUCAAAAAAUAAAUAUUAUGAAUACUUCAUCUUUAUAUUUUUCAUCAGACAGUUUAGAUUCUUCUAGUCAUGAUAAUAAAGAUGUUGAAGAAAAUAUAUUCCGUAAUAAGCAGAAGAAGAAAAAAAAACUUUUAUUAUAUGAUUAUAAUAUAAUAAAUUAUUUAAAUAAUAGAAAUUAUUGUUUAAACAAUUAUGAACUAUAUAUAGCCAAUAUUUGUUUUCUCGACAAAAAUAUUAAAAAUGAAAUUUUCUCAAAUAAAAAAAUAACAAAUAUCACCAAAAAAUUUAUUCUUCAUAAAAAUUGUUCAUGUUAUCAUCAUGAGAUAUAUGAUCAGUUUAAUUUAUUACAAUCUCUUUUUAAAAAUUUUACUUUAUUCUUCUUAAUUUUUUCAAAAAAUUAUAUUAUCAACCAUUCAACCUUUUUCAUUCCUGAUGAUAAAUCUUAUGUUAUUCAUAAGGUUAUAAAUGCAUUAUAUGAACAAUAUGAAAAGAACUAUAAGCAAACAAAUUAA